GAGCGCGCACUCCCUGCUCCUCCUCCUCGCUGGCGCUGCCUGCCUCUCCGCACUCGCUGCUCGCGCCGGGCGCGCUCCGCCGGCUCCCUGCUCUCCGCGCCACCCUCCUCCGGGCCGCGCUCCCUGAGGGAUGGUACUGAAUUUCGCCGCCACAGGAGCCCGGCUGGAGCGCCCGCCCCGCGGCCUCGCCUCCCCGCCGAGCCGCCAGCGCCUCGGGACGCGAUGAGGACCUGGGCUUGCCUGCUACUCCUCGGCUGCGGAUACCUCGCCCAUGCCCUGGCCGAGGAAGCCGAGAUCCCCCGCGAGGUGAUUGAGAGGCUGGCACACAGUCAGAUCCACAGCAUCCGGGACCUCCAGCGACUCCUGGAGAUAGACUCCGUAGGGGCCGAGGAUGCUUUGGAAGCGAGUCUGAGAGCCCACGGGGGCCAUGCCACCAAGCAUGCACCUGAGGAGCCGCCCGUGCCCAUCCGGAGGAAAAGAAGCAUUGAGGAAGCCAUCCCUGCAGUCUGCAAGACCAGGACGGUCAUUUACGAGAUACCUCGGAGCCAGGUCGACCCCACGUCUGCCAACUUCCUGAUUUGGCCCCCGUGCGUGGAGGUGAAGCGCUGUGCGGGCUGUUGCAACACCAGCAGCGUCAAGUGUCAGCCUUCCCGCGUUCAUCACCGCAGCGUCAAGGUGGCCAAGGUGGAGUACAUCAGGAAGAAGCCAAAGUUAAAAGAAGUGCAGGUGCGGCUGGAGGAGCAUCUGGAAUGCACAUGCACAGCCAGCGGUCUGAACCCGGACCACCGGGAGGAGGAGACGGGAAGGCGUAGGGAGUCAGGUAAAAAACGGAAAAGAAAAAGGUUAAAACCCACCUAAUGCAGCCAACCAGAUGUGAGGUGAGGAUAAGCCAGCAGCCCUUUUCCGGGACACGGAUGUACAUGGCGUGUUACAUUCCUGAACCUACUAUGUACGGUGCUCAUUGACAGCGUGCGGUCUUUGUUCUCCUCCGUGAAAAACCGUCUCCGUGCACACUCUGGAGAACAAAGAGACAGUACACAUUUGUUUAAUGUGACAUUAAAGCAAGUAUUGUAGCACUCGGUGAAACAGUAAGAAGCUUCCUUGUCAAAAAGAGAGAGGGAGAGAGAGAGAGAGAGCAAAGAGAACCACAAAACAUGACAAACAAAACGGACUCACGAAAAUACCUAAACAGUUGUUGGAAUGGAGGGACACCCCCGUGGGAUGGAAGCGACGUGCCUCGGCGGACCGGAUCUCUGUCCAGGGUCACAGGUGCUUCUGCCAGGGACACAGCCUGCUUUCUGGAGGACUCCGGGCGGGGGCCGAAGGCCCCGCAGGGCACACGGGAGCAGGGGUAUCUCAGAACCACCACGGGACUUAGAAACACAUCUCCUUGCUGUAGUGUUUAAGUCUAUCCAGAAACCUUCCCGAGAGCCUUAAGUGGAUUUUUUUUUUUUUUUUUUUUUUUACACCAUAAAGUGAUUAUUAAGCUUUCCUUUUUACUCUUUGGCUAGCUUUUUUUUUAAUUAUCUCUUGGAUGACAUUUACACCGGUAACACCAGGCUGCUGUAAGUCAGGACAGUGGGACCGUAUUUCCCCUCGCAGGAUGCAAACAAAUGAGAUGUAUUAAAAUAAACAUGGUAUAUCCACCUAUGCAUCACUUCCUAAAUGUUUCUGGCUUUACGUGUUUCUCCCCUGCCCCAUUUUAUCUUACUUCUUAAUUUAAGCCAUUUCGAGAGAACUGUGCGUGAACCAAUCGAGUCCGUCGCAGCCCUCGCCACAGCGAGGUGGCCCUGUGCCAGUGUUUGGACAGAAUCUAAAUUCUUUAUUUUUGGUAAGAUGUUACGCUUUACAUGUAUUCAACAGAAAUGUGUGUGUGUUGUUUUUGUUUUUGUUUUGUAAAGGUGAAGUUUGUAUUUUUAUCUAAUAUUACCAGUUUUGUAUACCUGA